AACUUCGGUAGUACAGAAGGAGCAGCAGCGUUUUGUCAGCUGCGUCAACUACAUAAGACAACAACAGCUUAACUCGGGCUGUUAAUAAGUAGCAACAAACUUUAACAUGGCUGAAGCGAGGACUUUAUUUUUAUGGCACAAAGUUGGCAAACUUUAACAACAGGACUCAAAACGCGUUUUCCGUCUAUGACGAGCCCCAUGAAAGCAAGAGCCUUAUUGUCCUAGCUUGCUGGCUAACGUUAGUUAGCUAUUUGUUUGUUGAGUUGCCGACAUGGCUACUAGAGAGACAUGUCAGCGGCAAACUUACCGGCGGCCGGCUGCCAGCAUAAAGCAAGAGCAAGAUGACGACUCUGAUGUGGAGGAGACUCACAUGGGGUUACGGAGGGCGGACGGGUUGGAGUCCCAGAUCAUCCACAGUGGACACUUCAUGGUGUCGUCGCCACACAGCGAGCACCCCCCGAAGAAGGGUUACGACUUCGACACUGUCAACAAACAGACCUGCCAGACCUAUCAUUUUGGCAAGACGAGUACGUCGCACCUCUCCAUAGAUGCCUCUUUGACUAAACUUUUUGAGUGCAUGACCCUUGCUUAUAGCGGGAAGUUGGUGUCUCCUAAAUGGAAGAACUUUAAGGGUCUAAAACUGCUCUGGAGAGACAAGAUCCGGCUGAACAAUGCCAUAUGGAGAGCCUGGUACAUGCAGUAUGUGGAAAAAAGGGGGAAUCCCGUUUGUCACUUUGUAACCCCGCUAGAUGGAAAUAUGGAUUUGGACGUCCAUCGCCCUGCAGAGGCUAUUGCUUCAGACGGGAAAAACUGGAAAAGAAGAAUUGAAAUUGUGAUAAGAGAAUAUCACAAAUGGAGAACAUACUUCAAAAAAAGGCUACAGAAACACAAAGAUGAUGACCUUUCCAGCUUACUUAAGGUGCCAGAGGAGCAGUUAUCGCUGUUUGGGGAAGUCUUUCCAGACAUACUCCGUACUUCCUUUUAUCAGGAUGAAGAGGCUGCUGUGCGUCGAAUGAGUCGCAGGCAUAUUGAAACGCCUGCGCCCAUGGAGAUGGACACCCUCUUUGACAUGGACAUUCUGAUGUCCGAGUUCUCAGACACGUUAUUUUCCACACUGACCUCACACCAACCUUUGGGCUUGCCCAAUCCAAGGGAAAUUGCUCAUGCAGGGAAUGCAGACAUGAUCCAACCUGGACUUAUCCCCUUACAGCCCAACCUGGACUUCAUGGACUCCUUUGAUCCACUGCAAGGUUGCGACUUAUUUCACAGCCUCCGUCAGCCUGUCCUUCCCUCUGUUUCCCCCACUGCAACAUCUGUCACCCCUCAACCCAGCAGCAGCUCCCAGUCUCAGGCCCCGUUAAUGUCGUCUUUGCAGCUUUCACCCAACCAGAUUACGCCUGCAGGCUCACUGUCCAUCCACAGCCAGACCAGUCAGACAGACAGCGGUGGCGGAGGAGCCUACCUAGAGAACUACAUGCCUCUGUUCGCCAGGCAGGUGGUCUCCAGCAAUCAGUCCGCAGCUUCCCUCAACCCUCUGGUACCCUGCCUCCCGGCGCCCUCCACCGUCACCCCAAGCAACACAACCAGCACCGUCAGCCACGUCUCAGCUCCUCCAUCCCAACUCCAGCUCCUCGCGCCGCUGCCUGCCACGCCCAUCCAGCAUCCUCAGGCCUUCGCUCUGCCUCGCCCCUUCCCGGCCAACAGCUCCAGCAAAGUCCGUCCUGUGACGAGGAUCGCUCCUGCAAACGCACUUCCUUCUUCCCAGUUCAUCCUCCCAGCCCCUUUUCCAGGUCAUGCUAAUGCUGUGAUUGUUACAUCUCCACCCUCCACCGGCGUGGUUAUCACCCCUUCCCACCUUGGAGCGAGCCCUGGGUUUCAGGUUGUGCCUCAUAACCAGAAGUCGCAGCAACCUGCCGUGCCUGAAGAUAAGUCUUGCUUCAGAAAAAAUCAGAAAGAGCCCUCAAGUGUCGGUCAAAGUCAGACCGGAUCCAGUCAAGGGUCACCUUGUGGUUUAGAUCAGGUUCCCAGUCCUCAAUCUAUAAUCAGUGGCAGCAGCAAACCUCUGGUAAAGAGUGAGCACAAUCAGAACCGUCACAUAUCUGCUGAACAAAAGAGACGAUCAAAUAUCAACAUUGGCUUUAAGACGCUCGGCAACCUCGUUCCCACUCUGAAGUCACAAUCGAACAUUACAAAUGCAGUCACUCUACAGAAGACAGUGGAGCACAUUGGGAAGCUCCAGCAGGAGCGGCAGCAGCUGCAGGAUGAGGUCAAGAAGCUACGGGAGGAAAUAGAGGAGCUCAAUGCUUCCAUUAGCUUGUGUCAGGAGCAGCUGCCUGCGACGGGCGUGCCGAUGAGGAAAAAUCGCUCUGAUCUCAUGCAGGACAAGUUCAAUGAAUAUGUGAAGAACCGCACUCUCCAGAACUGGAAGUUCUGGAUUUUCAGCAUCAUCAUCAAACCACUGUUUGAGUCGUUCAGUGGGAUGGUUUCAACGACGAGCAGGGAAGAGCUGGUCCACACCACGCUGCAGUGGCUCGACAAUCACUGCUCCCUUCCUGUCCUCAGACCCAUGGUGCUGAGUUCACUCCGUCAGCUGUGCACUACUACGUCCAUCCUGAGCGAUCCCUCCCUGCUACCUGCUGAGGCCCUUGAGGCUGCCGCUAGCAAAGACGUGUAGCCGUCCUCUCAGGAGUGGAUGCGACCCAAAAGCCACUUGAACAUUUUUCAGCAUCAAAACCGUUUUCCUGCAACAUCGCCUGCGUCUUCCAAAGACUCACAAGUUCCCAGACGAAUUGGUGAAACGAGAACUGUAACAUGGGAUUACUGUUACUCUGAAUGUAACGGCUUUACAUCUGGUCCGCUGCGUAAUGACUGGUGGGAGAAUAAUGCAGUAGAUGCCACCUUCACCUGCAGAGGUUAUCUAAACACUUCAUUGGAAGCUGGUACUUGUGUUUUCAUUCUUCAUCAUAGAAAGUUGUUUUCGAAUACAAAGAUGCAGAUUAAGAAAGGGAAACGCUGAAUGAAUUUGCACCAGGAGGAAACUGUGAUUUUUUUUUUUUCCCCCAGAGAAAGCUGGAGUUUGUUUAUUUUGCAGCCGAUCAUCAGUUCAUGUUGGGCUGCGCCUUGUGGGCAGCAGAGAUUUGAGUUUUCUAUCGCUCAUUGACUCAGGUGAAUAUCACGCUGCCAGUGAUCUCUUCUGCUCGCUUGAUAGUAGACAUGGGCCGGUAUCAUAAUCUGUAAAAAUAUUAUGGUUUCGUCUUACCACCAAACACAAACUCGCCAUCUUUAUUCACAAUGUGCAAAACAGAACAGCAUCAGUUCUCCCUACUGCUGCUAUAUCACUGCAUUAACUACAACAGUUAUAGUAAUAUAACAUUUUUACUGAUUGCUGAUUUGAAGUUCCAAAAAUAUAGAAUAAACACCAAUUUUGAUCAUAGUUGUCCAUACAUAUAUUCUGUUUAUUUUAUGUACCUUAACAGUUAUAUAAGUUAUAUCUUUUUGUGAACAGAAAAGCCUCCAAAGAGCUAAACGUGUCUGUUAUAAACAAGGGGAAAAUUACAGCAAGCCUGUUUUUUUGUUUUGUUUUGUUUGUUUUUUGUUAGCAAGCUGACCUGCAGUGUGCAGCAGCAGGUGGAAACAGGACAGCUCUGCAUCACUCGAUGCUUCACACACCUUGAGAAAUCUCAGGUUGCUCUUGCACUUCAUCCUUCUCGUUAAUAAAAUGACUUUAAGUUGUAGAAAAUGUAAAUUUUAGCAAUGUUUUUUUUUGUUGGUUUUUUUACGCUGUAACUUUCUAAAACAUCAGUACCGGUCCCAUGUCUAUCUCUUAUUUUCUCCAUCCAUUCUGAACUUCUUCCUUUUCGGGCAUGGAGAAUAUUUCUCCUGGGUUUGAGUUUCAAAACACAGCGGCCAUUUUGUGUGUUUUAACAGCAGCAUGGAGCCAUAUUUACAGCCCUCAUAGGGAGCUAAAGCGACAGUCCUACGCAGUACGAAUUAUGUGUACAGAUUACAUUUACAUGCAGUAUUACUCUGCUGAGUCUUUUCUUGAUGCUGGUGUUCACUCAGGGCUACACUUCUGCAGAAAAUCAAGACCUUUGUCCUUUUCAGCAGACAUCUGCAUUAUGGGCUGAUUUCUUUGUUUUAAUCUUUUUACCUUAAUUUGUAACAGAUCAACCAAAGCCAUAUCAAGGAGGAGAGUGAGUCAUCUGUAAGGUGUAACAAAGAGAUUAGUCUGAUUCACGGAUUUAGAGUAAAACUCCAGACAGACGUCUCUGACCUCCGUCAGCCUUAAGGUCAAAGUGUCCUUACCUGUGGUCUCUGCAGUGUCGUUGUUUUUAUUUGUUGCUCUUCACUCCUCAGGCAGAUCUUGUAUUGUUUUGGUUUUUGUUCUGCAGAACAUUGACGUUUACAGAAGCAAAAAGCACCAUCUGUGUUUGUUUGAAUGUUCAUGUUGAUAGUGUAAAGCCUUUUAGUGGAGAUUAUGAAUCUCUUUAGAGAUUCAGCUUUUCGACAUGGUAAUUAACCCGGAUGCAGUGAUAAAAAGACUGCAACUAUGCAUCAUGUGUAAUAUACAGAUCAAAUAUGAAAGGAGUUGGAUUACACAAGUGGCAACAAGGGGAGCAUGUCGAGUCUUCCCUGACUGAUGAAUCACAUACCUGAUCAAACCCCACAUUUUAUUAUUUAUUGUCAUGAGAACAUUCAACAGAUUGUCAGCAAAGAACCUUUAAGAAACUGCUUUUGAAGAGAUGCUGUUUGCAGUGGUUGUAUCACAGACGUGGUUUGACGCUGUGCCUUUAAGAUCAUUUGCAGUCAUACAUUAAAAAUUGUGCACAUGGGAACUUUAAACGAUUACUUGUGAACUAAAAUUGUUUACUGCGUCUUCAGAUUAUUCAUCGCACAUCUGAAUGCAGCAGCUGCCAGUUGUAAUCUCCUGUUGUUUGCAACAAGUUUCUCCUUCAAACUCUGCUGUGUGGGUGUGUGUGUGUGUGUUAUCUUCAGUUGUUUUAACCUUAUUCUGACAGAAAGGCGGGUUUCCAGGUUAAUUUGUCCUUUUCUGUGAGACUUGCAUGUGUUUUCUUGUACAGUAUGUCACUGCAGAUGGGAUCUGCAUAUUAGUUCUUCCCGUUUCUGUGGUAUUUUUGUUUAAGAAAUAUCUUAUGCAUUAUAUGAGAAGUGUUCAAGUUCUCCAGGGUUGACAUGCAACUCGUUGUAAAAAUGACUUUGCAUCACAAUAAAUACAAGUAAAAUAAA